CACCUACCUCCGUUAGCUUUCCCUCUCUCCUCAAAAACCCAAAGCCGCCACCCAAUGGAAGAAUGGUCAAGCUUUCUCUCCUCUCUUCUUCCACUCAUCUCCUUUCUUUCUGUAGAAAACUUACUGUCCAGACCUUAACCAGAAGAAGUCUUUGUUCUAGUUCGACCACCACCAUGUCCAUAAACCUACAGUCCCAUGCCUUUGCUGGCAAUCCUCUGAUACCCAAGACACCAAAAUCAAGUGACCCAUUUUCACCAACCCAAGCCUAUGAGACCCUCAAAACCCAACUUUUAGACAAUACCCACUUGCCCUCUUCUCUCAGUUUCAAGGUUUUGCCCUUCAGAAAGGGCAGGCCUUUGGCCUCCUCUACUGGUGGGACCAGUGAUUCCACACCAAAUUGGCAUCUGGGUUGGAUCAGUUUGUCCGAGUGUAAAGGUUUAUUGGCCAAUUCUGGGGUUGAGCUGAGUGGAGAAUCGCUGGUCUAUCUGGGUUCGCGGUCGGAGGAUGAUGUCGUUUAUUGGGCCAUUGAUGUUUCUGGUGAGAGUAGCUUGGUUCCUGAAUUGGGUAGCAAGCAAUUAUGUUUUGUUGAGCUACGAACGCUUAUGGUGGCUACUGAUUGGGCUGAUGCCCGGUCUAUGGGGGAGUUGGCUAUUGCUGGUCAUGCCAGGGCUUUGCUAGAAUGGCAUAAUAUAUCACUAUUUUGUGGACAUUGUGGAGGAAAAACAGUCUCCAAGGAAGCUGGGAGGCGGAAGCAAUGUUCAAAUGAGCUGUGCAGAAAGAGGGUCUACCCUCGUGUUGAUCCGGUUGUCAUAAUGUUAGUCAUUGAUAGAGAGAACGAUCGUGUUCUGCUAAGCAGACAAUCUCGAUUCGUACCUCGAAUGUGGAGUUGCUUAGCUGGUUUUAUAGAGCCAGGAGAAAGCUUAGAAGAAGCAGUGAGGAGAGAAACAUGGGAGGAGACCGGUAUUGAAGUAGGAGAAGUUGUAUAUCAUAGCUCUCAGCCAUGGCCUGUUGGACCAAAUAGCAUGCCAUGCCAGUUGAUGGUUGGGUUCUAUGCAUAUGCAAAAUCGCUUGAACUAAAUGUGGACAAGGAAGAGUUGGAAGAUGCUGAGUGGCACAGUAGAGAAGAUGUCAAAAAAGCUUUAGCAUAUGCUGAAUACAGGAAGGCACAGCAAACAGCGGCAUCAAAGGUAGAACAGAUGUGCAAGGGGGUUGAGAAAGGGCAGAACUUUUCUGCAGACUUCAAUGUGGAAAGUGGUGAACUUGCACCCAUGUUUAUACCCGGGCCAUUUGCAAUUGCCCAUCACCUCAUCUCUUCUUGGGUCUAUCAGGAUGCAGGUGAUAGUGUCGCAGCACGUCUAAAACAACCUAGUGGUUCUACUUCGAAUUUGUAACAGUGCAUAAAUUCAUUUCAUCCAUAAUCCAAAAUCCUGGAUGAACUAAAUGUCUUGUCAUCACCAAAUAAGCUCAGAUAUAUUCUAAUUCUGAUGGUUUAGGGUUAUUGGCAUUUCAAAAUAUUUUUUUUCUUUCCCAAGAUUCCCAUUAUUUCAUCCUUGUAAUAUAGUUUAUGUUGGAUUUUUAUUCAAUCCUACAUGUAACUCACAUAUGUAUGUGUAUGUAUUUCAACUGUUUAUGAUAUAUUUCAAAUCAUUGCCGGUUGUGGCAAAAGGGGGAGAAUAAACCACCCGGAAGUUGAUUUUACCCUAAGUUUCAAUGAAA